AUGUUGGUGUGCUAUGUGGGAAUCAAGACCACAAACUACAAGGAUUCCGAUGACAUGAUUCGUGAUAGGAUUGUCAUGGGAGUAUCGAGCAAAGAAGUGCGAGAAAAGCUGCUGAGGGAAUCGGAUUUAACGUUGACAAAAGCUAUCACGUUUUGUAGGGCAGUGGAGGUUAGCAGAACGCAAGUCAAAGUCCUCGAAAACGAGCAAGAACUGUCCCUCAAUGCAGUGCAGAGGAGAACUAAGUUUAAUUAUAAAUCGGCUGAAACACAUUCAUGUCAAUAUUGCGGCUUUGUGCAUCAAAAGGGCAAAUGUGUAGCAUUUGGGAAGCAGUGUAAGAAGUGUUUAAAAAUGAAUCAUUUUGCGAGUGUGUGCAUGCAAGUGAAAAAGCAGAGCAAUGUAAGUGAUAAUAAAAAAGUGCAUAACGUUCGCGAGGAGCAGCAGCCUGAUGACGAUGACCAGUUUUUUGUGAGCGCAAUCACAAAGCAGGUUCGGUGGCUAAAAAGCAAUGGCUCACCUUCAUGCGAGAAGAAUUGGAUGGAAACAGUCAACGUCCAAGGUCAGCAAGUCCAAUUCAAAUUGGACACAGGUGCGGAACCAAUUAGACGAAUUCCGCAGGCAUUGUAUUCUAGAGUUAAAGAGAAACUUGUACAGUUGGAAAAAGAUGGAAUCAUUACAAAGCAGGAUAAGCCGACUGAAUGGUUAAAUCCACUUGUCAUUGUAGAGAAAAGUAAUGGUGACUUAAGACUUUGUUUAGAUCCUAAGUACCUUAACGAAGCCAUUAGCAGAGAACAUUUUCUUAUUCCAACUGUGGAAGAGAUAGCGAGUAAAUUGUCUAAGAAAUCAUAUUUCACGGUGUUGGACAUGAAAGAUGGUUACUUUCAGGUAAGAAUUACAGACGAGAGUUCAGAGUAUUGUAGUUUUGGAACGCCUUUUGGGAGGUAUCGGUUUCUUCGCUUACCCUUUGGCAUUAAAUCGGCUCCAGAGGUUUUUCAAAAAAAAAACUAUGAAGUUUUCGGAGACAUAGAUGGCGUUGGGAUUUAUUUUGAUGAUCUAAUAAUUACAGGAACGACAGAGCAGGAGCAUGAUGAAAAGUUACGGUUAGUGUUGGAACGUGCUAAAAAAUUUAAUAUCAAAUUUAAUCGCAAUAAAAUUCAGUUCAAAUCGAGGCAAGUUAAGUUUAUGGGCCAAUUGUUUACAGAGAAAGGGAUAGAGCGUUGCGAAUCGUACGUUAGGGCAAUUCAUGAAAUGUCUAAACCGCAGCAAAGAAAUGAUGUAUUAAGAUUUUUAGGAAUGGCAAAAUAUUUGGGUAAAUUUAUUCCAAAUUUGUCUAAAAUUUCGGCACCUUUACGUCAGUUAACAAGAACAGACGUAGAAUGGAUCUGGACGGACGAACAUGACAAAGCUCUUACCCAAAUAAAGCACUUGCUUGCCAAUGCACCUGUUCUGGCGUUUUUUGAUUCAAGCUUAGGUGUAGUAAUUGAGACCGAUGCUUCUAAAGACGGCUUAGACGCGUGUCUGUUACAAAAUGGGCACCCUGUAGCUUUUUGUUCCCGUAGUUUAACCAAUAGCGAAAUAAAAUACGCUCAAAUUGAAAAGGAAAUGCUAGCGAUAGAUUUUGCAUGUCAAAAAUUUCAUUAUUUGAUUUAUGGUGUUCAAAAUAUUUCUAUCAAUACUGACCAUAAACCGCUAGUAUCCAUUUUCAAGAAAGAUUUGUAUGUUGUUACACCUAGAUUGCAACGUUUACGUCUAAGAUUAUUGAAGUAUGAUUUGGAUGUUAGCUAUAAACCAGGAAAAUAUUUGUACAUUGCUGACACAUUGUCAAGGGCUUAUUUAGUUACCCCGGGGUAUGAUGAUCCAGAUCUUGAAUAUGCCAUUCAUACUCUUGUAAAUUAUUUACCAGUCUCGGAUGAAAUCAAGUCUCUUUUAACGCAAGGUACUCAAAGAGACAGUGAUUUGUCAAUGGUUAUGGGCUAUAUCAAUUGUGGUUGGCCAGAAAAGGACAAAAUUCCCAUUAACCUGCGCCAAUAUUUUAAAAUUAAGGAUGACUUGAUAAUUUGUGAUAAACUACUAUUUUUCGGCAAUAAAUUGAUUAUUCCUAGCGACUGUCGUUCAUUGAUGAUUCAAAAGAUGCAUGAAAGGCAUAUCGGGAUGGAUAAAAUGAAGCUACGGGCGAGGCAGAUUUGUUAUUGGCCUUUAAUGAAUCAGGAAAUUGAAAACUUUGUUAAAAAAUGUCAAACAUGCGAAAAAUUUGCUAGAAAAAACGUUAAAGAACCGCUAAAGCCAUAUUGUAUUCCUACUCGGCCGUGGGAAAGGAUAUCCACCGAUAUAUUUUCUUACGGAAAUUGUGUCUAUCUUGUGGUAUAUGAUGCCUAUUCAAAUUGGCUUGAGCUUGUCACCUUAAAAAAUAAGUCAUCUUCUCAAGUAAUUUUGAAAUUGAAAUCUAUUUUUGCCAAAUUUGGAUGUCCUGAUAUUAUGGUAUGUGACAAUAAUCCUUUUACUAGUUUUUCUAUGCAACAAUUUGCAAAGAAUUGGAAUUUUAAAAUUGUUCCGAGGAGUCCACAUUUUCCUCAAUCAAAUGGUCUUGCAGAGAAGGGUGUUGACAUAAGUAAGAGAAUGAUCAAAAAAGCACAUGAGGAAGGAAAAGACAUAUUUGAGUCGUUAUUAAACUAUCGCAACACCCCUCUUAAAUUUAUUGAUUAUUCUCCCUCACAACUAAUGAUGAGUCGCAUGUGUAAAACCAAAUUACCCAUUUCGGCAGAUCUUUUGAACCCUAAACUUUGUGAAAGAGUAGAUGAUAAGUUACGGUACAGGUCUGAGAGAAAUGAAACUUAUUUUAAUAAAGGUGCUAAGCCAUUAUCAGACAUGAACGCAGGUCAAAAUGUUACAAUUUUUAAUCACGUUAACAAAAAUUGGGAGCCUGGCCAAAUUGUGAGUAAGCAUGAUAGUCCACGAUCUUAUAAUGUUCAGAUUAAUAGUGGUGAGACAGUUAGAAGAAAUCGUGUAGAUCUAAGAAAAUCACAUAACGAAUUUGAUAUUAAGCAAAAUUGUUCUGAUUUGCCGGAAAUGGUGGAUGAUGAUAACAGCUAUAGCAUUAGUAAUUCUGGGGUAGAUCCAGUAAUAGGCAAGCGGGAAACAAUUGUAAAAACUAGAGUAGGUCGCGUGGUAAAACCUAUACAGCGAUUAAAUUUGUAA